UAGAAAGAGAAAACCUUGAAUGAAUUGGGAUUUUAUAUCAUAAAAAAUGCCUGUUUGUCGUUAUUUUCAACAAGGAAACUGUCGAUUUGGUGAUAGAUGUCGAUAUGAGCAUCCUAGAAAUCAGUCAGGGUUUGGCAACCAAGGCAGUUUCAGAGGUGGCGGAGGAGGAGGAGGGGGAGGAUCCCAGUCACAGUAUAAAUGGAGCAGCUCAAACUAUGGUACCCAGCAACACUAUGGUACCCAGCAACACUAUGGUACCCAACAACACUAUGGUAGCCAGCAACAGAGGGGUCAAGGAUCCAGGGAUCUCUUUUCAGGAGGAGGAGGAGGAGGUGGAGAUGGAUCGUGGGGGAACAGAGGGAGCCAUGGUCAGGGAGGCUACCAAGGAGGAGGCAGGGGAUCUUGGGCUGGAGGUGGAUCAAACCGUGAUGGGGGGUUUAGGGGAGGAGGAGGGGGAAAACAAGUGAAUUUUAAAGAUUCAUUCAACACCUUCCAGGGAAAUAAGUUCGGAGCGCUUGCUGACCAAGGCUCAAGGGACGAUAGGAGCAACCAGGCACAUGGUAACACACAAGAUGUCUCUGCCCAGGAGAUUAUGGAUGGUAUUCUCUAUGACAUGGAGGAAUGGGAGAGUGGGAAGAUGUGGCCUUUUAGCUGUUACGGACCUAACAAAUCAAAGUCUUGCUUGGCAGGUCUGGAGGAUUUAUCCCAGGAGGAGCUUCGAUUCUUAGCGUACACCGCAGAGAAAGCUAAGCAGUUUGACCAAUAUAGGGCAGCCUGUACUACAGCUAUGGAUGCAGUGAAGAAUAAAAGGAACCAGCUUAAGAAGCCUUCCCAGUCCAUGAAGAACCAAUUGGUGGACAUGUAUAAAGGAGCAUCUGAUAAGAAUCCAUUUGCAGAAGCCAACCCAACUAAUAUCUUUGGUAACAGUGUCCCGUCCCUAACUGACAUCUUCGGUGCCAACCUUGCCAACAUCAAAGUGGCGUCAGAUUCCAGCACAAGUACAGGAACAAUGUUUGGGAAGCAACCAUCAACAGGUUCAUCUCUUCUAGGUGUCUCACCUGGGGCAGCAGAAAGCGCACCUGCUGCGCCAAGUAGCUCUUCACUCUUUAACAGAACUCAAGGUCCCACCCAACCUGUCUUUGGUGGUGCAGUUGGGAAAUCAGAUACACCAGCCCCUGCCUUUGGAUCAGCGCCAUCCAGUAGUGCUUCUUCCGCUUCAUCGGUCUUCGGAUCGGGGUCACAGACCUCUGUAGGAUCCGGUACAGGUUUGUUUGGUAAAGGACCAUCGACUCCAACUGUAGAUCCCCAGCAACAGAAGGCAGAGUCUAGGACUUACACCCCAAUGGCAUCAUUGACUCCUGAAGAGAAGGAACAGUUUGAAGCACCGAUAUUCACUUUAGGGAAAGUACCUACAAGGCCACCGCCCAUUGAAUUGGUGAGAUGACACAGCUGACCAAUGAGAACAAUGCACUGUAAGACAGAAUGGAAGAAAAGGAAUAAUUCGAUGCUGACAGUCAACAAGACAGAGAUAUGGGAACAGACGGUCAGGAUACACCUGAAUUUAGAAAUGGAAAUCAGAAUAUUAUUCUUUAUUCCAAAUUUGGCAUUUUAAUUAUCGUCAUUUGUGUCAAUAUUUGUUUCCUAGGGUAGACACUACUUACGAAAAGCUUUACUAUUGGGUCCUUCAUAUUGUACCCUCCUUCAGUCUAAUUUGCUAGUCACCUAGUUAGAAGGCAGUGGGUCACAUUUUCUUACCUGUAAUUCUUUGGUAUGCUUCAACAAGGACUUGAACCCAUGGUCUUCCAAUACAGAUGCUCUCUGGGGAUGUGCAGCUGAAAGAGGUAUUUAUAUGUAUCUACAGAGCCUUGGGUGAACUCUUUAAAAAACAGACUAGACCAGCACAAAAGGGAUAGCAGAGUCCUUGUACAGACUUUUUGCCCGGUGGAAGGAAGUUUCCAAAUUGACAAUCAAUUCUGCUCCUUGUAUACACACCCCUUCCCUAUUUUAUAUUCAUAUUGCAUGAAGAAUAUUUCAUUACCCCAUGUGUUAUGUGUGAGUAUGAAUUAACCUUCAAAACAUGACAAGCCCGUUUUUGGUAGAUCAUAGCGGGAGUGGUGGGGUUGACUGCAUGAUCGUGUCUGUGUCAUCAUCCAUACAAAGCCAUUCUAAAAACCAUUUUGGUUUGACAUGCAGGUGUGACACCAAACGUAUCUUCAGAGCUACCUGGGCAUGGCAAAUUUGGUCUCGGAAGUCGUGUGAUAUUUGAAAGUAAAAAAAGACAUUUGAAACUUUGCAGGAACAUCGUAUUUGCACUUUAUAUUGCAUGAAGUGUCACAGACAUUCUGGGUCUUGUUAAGGUGAUGGGAAAAA